AACUGCCUAUUUGUCACAGUCAUAUCCACUGCUUAAAGCUUUUUGGGGCUUGUGAAAUGUUUAACAAACUGACAUUUGAGACGAAAAUGUAAACACGUCUGGAAAGAGUGCUGAACAAAUCCUGAUUGAGCUCACCGGACCAUAUAGCCAACAAACCAAAUAUGGGGAUCAAUCAUUACUUUUGGCUUCUCUCUAUAAUAACUUACUGUUCGGGUACAGGAACAGGUUUCAAUGAUAACCCAGCUGUCAAUCCAAGAUUUUAUAACCUGAACUGGAUGAAGUCUAUACCUGAUGAGACUUCAGUAUCUGCUAUCGCCAUUCCUGGAACACAUGGAAGCUUAUCAUUAUAUGGAGGACACCUUAUUAAAUGUCAAGUUUGGACCUUAGAAGAGCAACUUAAAAUGGGAAUACGGUAUUUAGAUUUGCAUGCUGGGAUUUGGUUGCCUAAUCAAAAGCAUGUUUAUAUCCAGAAUAGUCACUGGAUGCCUUGGAAACGAAUUACAUUUGAUACAGUCCUGAAGAUCAUUUUCAAUUUCUUAGAAGUUCAUAGCAGUGAGACCGUGCUAGUAAAAGUGACACUACAUGGUGUUAACCAGUUGAAAGUCGUAGUACUGAUCGAUAAAUUAAUUGAAAAGUUCAAAAAUCAAAUAUGGACCAAGUUCUCAGUACCAAACAUGAAACAGGCAAGAGGCAAGAUUGUUCUUCUCCGAAGUGACACGUUCCAUUCUGGAACCGAAAACCAUAAAUCAUUUUUCUUUGAAUAUAAUGAGCUAAAAAGAGUUGAAGACAAAAUAAAGCAAAUUAAGUCAAGCCUAUGCCACCAUCAAAUUGUGCUAACUGACAGUGCAGCAUCAACUUGGGAAAGCCCUAAAACUUUGGCUAAAAAAGUUAACAAAAAGCUUAAUAAAUUUGUGGUGCACCAUUAUAGAACCUCCUUAAAUGCAGGAUGCUUGGGUAUCUUAAGUGUUAACUUCCCCAGUGCUGAUCUUAUUAAAAACAUCAUUCAAAUCCAACCAUGCAAAUGUAGUAAAGGUGCAGAGAAAGGACAAAGACCUGAUGGAGAUAAGCCUCAAAUAACUGAACCACAAACCAACCAGGACAUACAGAAAACACCUGAAUCUGACACUACAACUUCAACAGCACCACUAACAUCUGGGCAGGAUUCAGAGACAACACCUGAACCAGCGCCUGAACCAGAUUCAACACCAUCUGGGCAGGAUUCAGAGACAACACCAGAACCAGAGCCUGUACCAGCACCUGCACCUGAAUCACCACCAUCUGGGCAGGAUUCAGAGACAAUACCUGAACCAGCACCUGAACCAGCGCCUGAACCAACACCUGAACCAGCGCCUGCACCAGAAUCAACACCAUCUGGGCAGGAUUCAGAGACAACACCUGAACCAGCCCCUGAACCAGCCCCUGAACCAGCGCCUGAACCAGCUCCUGCAACAGAUUCACCACCAUCUGGGCAGGAUUCAGAGACAAUACCUGAACCAGCACCUGAACCAGCGCCUGAACCAGAAUCACCACCAUCUGGGCAGGAUUCAGAGACAAUACCUGAACCAGCACCUGAACCAGCGCCUGAACCAGAAUCACCACCAUCUGGGCAGGAUUCAGAGAGAAUACCAGAACCGGUACCUGAACCAGCGCCUGAACCAGCGUCUGAACCAGAAUCACCACCAUCUGGGCAGGAUUCAGAGACAAUACCUGAACCAGCACCUGAACCAGCGCCUGAACCAAUGCCUGAGCCAGUGCCUGAGCCAGUGCCUGAACCAGCACCUGAACCAGAGCCUGAACCAGCGCCUGAACCAGAAUCACCACCAUCUGGGCAGGAUUCAGAGACAAUUCCUGAACCAGCACCUGAACCAAUGCCUGAGCCAGCGCCUGAACCAGCACCUGAACCAGCACCUGAACCAGAAUCACCACCAUCUGGGCAGGAUUUAGAGACAAUACCUGAACCAGCACCUGAACCAGCACCUGAACCAGAAUCACCACCAUCUGGGCAGGAUUCAGAGACAAUACCUGAACCAGCACCUGAACCAGCGCCUGAACCAGCACCUGAACCAGAAUCACCACCAUCUGGGCAGGAUUUAGAGACAAUACCUGAACCAGCGCCUGAACCAGCACCUGAACCAGCGUCUGAACCAGAAUCACCACCAUCUGGGCAGGAUUCAGAGACAAUACCUGAACCAGCACCUGAACCAGCGCCUGAACCAGCGUCUGAACCAGAAUCACCACCAUCUGGGCAGGAUUCAGAGACAAUACCUGAACCAGCGCCUGAACCAGCACCUGAACCAGCACCUGAACCAGUGUCUGAACCAGAAUCACCACCAUCUGGGCAGGAUUCAGAGACAAUACCUGAACCAGCACCUGAACCAGCACCUGAACCAGCGCCUGAACCAAUGCCUGAGCCAGUGCCUGAUCCAGCACCUGAACCAGCGCCUGAACCAGAAUCACCACCAUCUGGGCAGGAUUCAGAGACAAUACCUGAACCAGCACCUGAACCAGUGCCUGAACCAGCGCCUGAACCAGCGUCUGAACCAGAAUCACCACCAUCUGGGCAGGAUUCAGAGACAAUACCUGAACCAGCACCUGAACCAGCGCCUGAACCAAUGCCUGAGCCAGUACCUGAUCCAGCACCUGAACCAGCGCCUGAACCAGAAUCACCACCAUCUGGGCAGGAUUCAGAGACAAUACCUGAACCAGCACCUGAACCAGUGCCUGAGCCAGUGCCUGAACCAGCGCCUGAACCAGCGUCUGAACCAGAAUCACCACCAUCUGGGCAGGAUUCAGAGACCACACCUGAACCAGCACUUGAACCAAUGCCAGAGCCAGUGCCUGAACCAGCACCUGAACCAGAGCAUGAACCAGCACCUGAACCAGAAUCACCACCAUCUGGGCAGGAUUCAGAGACAGUACCUGAACCAGCACCUGAACCAGCACCUGAACCAGCGCCUGAACCAAUGCCUGAGCCAGUGCCUGAACCAGCACCUGAACCAGAGCAUGAACCAGCACCUGAACCAGAAUCACCACCAUCUGGGCAGGAUUCAGAGACAAUUCCUGAACCAGCACCUGAACCAGCACCUGAACCAGCGCCUGAACCAAUGCCUGAGCCAGUGCCUGAACCAGCACCUGAACCAGCGUCUGAACCAGAAUCACCACCAUCUGGGCAGGAUUCAGAGACAAUACCCGAACCAGCACCUGAACCAGUGCCUGAACCAAUGCCUGAGCCAGUGCCUGAACCAGCACCUGAACCAGCGCCUGAACCAGCGUCUGAACCAGAAUCACCACCAUCUGGGCAGGAUUCAGAGACAAUACCUGAACCAGCACCUGAACCAGCACCUGAACCAAUGCCUGAGCCAGUGCCUGAACCAGCGCCUGAACCAGCGCCUGAACCAGCGCCUGAACCAGAAUCACCACCAUCUGGGCAGGAUUCAGAGACAAUACCUGAACCAGCACCUGAACCAGCACCUGAACCAGCGCCUGAGCCAGUGCCUGAACCAGUGACUGAACCAGCGCCUGAACCAGCACCUGAACCAGCACCUGAACCAGCGCCUGAACCAAUGCCUGAGCCAGUGCCUGAACCAGUGACUGAACCAGCGCCUGAACCAGCACCUGAACCAGCACCUGAACCAGCACCAGAACCAGCGUCUGAACCAGAAUCACCACCAUCUGGGCAGGAUUCAGAGACAAUACCUGAACCAGCGCCUGAACCAGCGCCUGAACCAAUGCCUGAGCCAGUGCCUGAACCAGCACCUGAACCAGCGUCUGAACCAGAAUCACCACCAUCUGGGCAGGAUUCAGAGACAACACCUGAACCAGCACCUGAACCAGCACCUGAACCAGCGCCUGAGCCAGCGCCUGAACCAGUGCCUGAACCAAUGCCUGAGCCAGUGCCUGAACCAGCGUCUGAACCAGAAUCACCACCAUCUGGGCAGGAUUCAGAGACAAUACCUGAACCAGCACCUGAACCAGCACCUGAACCAAUGCCUGAGCCAGUGCCUGAACCAGCAUCUGAACCAAAGCCUGAACCAGCACCUGAACCAGAAUCACCACCAUCUGGGCAGGAUUCAGAGACAACACCUGAACCAGCACCUGAACCAGCACCUGAACCAGCACCUGAACCAGCGUCUGAACCAGAAUCACCACCAUCUGGGCAGGAUUCAGAGACAAUACCUGAACCAGCGCCUGAACCAGCGCCUGAACCAGCACCUGAACCAGCGCCUGAACCAGCGUCUGAACCAGAAUCACCACCAUCUGGGCAGGAUUCAGAGACAAUACCUGAACCAGCACCUGAACCAGCGCCUGAACCAGCACCUGAACCAGCACCUGAACCAGAGCAUGAACCAGCACCUGAACCAGAAUCACCACCAUCUGGGCAGGAUCCAGAGACAAUACCUGAACCAGCGCCUGAACCAAUGCCUGAGCCAGUGCCUGAACCAGCACCUGAACCAGCACCUGAACCAGCGCCUGAACCAAUGCCUGAGCCAGCGCCUGAACCAGCGCCUGAACCAGCGCCUGAACCAGAAUCACCACCAUCUGGGCAGGAUUCAGAGACAAUACCUGAACCAGCACCUGAACCAGCGUCUGAACCAGCGCCUGAACCAGCGCCUGAACCAGAAUCACCACCAUCUGGGCAGGAUUCAGAGACAAUACCUGAACCAGCGCCUGAACCAGCACCUGAACCAGCACCUGAACCAGCGCCUGAACCAAUGCCUGAGCCAGUGCCUGAACCAGUGACUGAACCAGCACCUGAACCAGAGCCUGAACCAGCGCCUGAACCAGAAUCACCACCAUCUGGGCAGGAUUCAGUGACAAUACCUGAACCAGCACCUGAACCAGCGCCUGAACCAGCGCCUGAACCAAUGCCUGAGCCAGUACCUGAACCAGCACCUGAACCAGCGCCUGAACCAAUGCCUGAGCCAGUGCCUGAACCAGUGACUGAACCAGCGCCUGAACCAGAAUCACCACCAUCUGGGCAGGAUUCAGAGACAAUACCUGAACCAGCACCUGAACCAGCACCUGAACCAGCACCUGAACCAGCGCCUGAGCCAAUGCCUGAGCCAGCGCCUGAACCAGCGUCUGAACCAGAAUCACCACCAUCUGGGCAGGGUUCAGAGACAAUACCUGAACCAGCACCUGAGCCAGCACCUGAACCAGCGCCUGAACCAAUGCCUGAACCAAUGCCUGAACCAGCGCCUGAACCAAUGCCUGAGCCAGUGCCUGAGCCAGUGCCUGAGCCAGCACCUGAACCAGCACCUGAACCAGCGCCUGAACCAAUGCCUGAGCCAGUGCCUGAGCCAGUGCCUGAACCAGCACCUGAACCAGAGCCUGAACCAGCGCCUGCACCAGAAUCACCACCAUCUGGGCAGGGUUCAGAGACAAUACCUGAACCAGCGCCUGAACCAAUGCCUGAGCCAGUGCCUGAACCAGCUCCUGAACCAGCACCUGAACCAGUGCCUGAACCAAUGCCUGAACCGAUGCCUGAACCAGCGCCUGAACCAAUGCCUGAGCCAGUGCCUGAGCCAGUGCCUGAACCAGCACCUGAACCAGAGCCUGAACCAGCGCCUGCACCAGAAUCACCACCAUCUGGGCAGGGUUCAGAGACAACACCUGAACCAGCGCCUGAACCAGCGCCUGAACCAAUGCCUGAACCAGCGCCUGAACCAAUGCCUGAGCCAGUGCCUGAGCCAGUGCCUGAACCAGCACCUGAACCAGCACCUGAACCAGCGCCUGAACCAAUGCCUGAGCCAGUGCCUGAGCCAGUGCCUGAACCAGAGCCUGAACCAGCACCUGAACCAGCGCCUGAACCAAUGCCUGAACCAGCGCCUGCACCAGAAUCACCACCAUCUGGGCAGGGUUCAGAGACAACACCUGAACCAGCGCCUGAACCAGCGCCUGAACCAAUGCCUGAACCAGUGCCUGAACCAAUGCCUGAACCAGCGCCUGAACCAAUGCCUGAACCAAUGCCUGAACCGAUGCCUGAACCAGCGCCUGAACCAAUGCCUGAGCCAGUGCCUGAGCCAGUGCCUGAACCAGCACCUGAACCAGAGCCUGAACCAGCGCCUGCACCAGAAUCACCACCAUCUGGGCAGGGUUCAGAGACAACACCUGAACCAGCGCCUGAACCAGCGCCUGAACCAAUGCCUGAACCAAUGCCUGAACCAGCGCCUGAACCAAUGCCUGAGCCAGUGCCUGAGCCAGUGCCUGAACCAGCACCUGAACCAGCACCUGAACCAGCGCCUGAACCAAUGCCUGAGCCAGUGCCUGAGCCAGUGCCUGAACCAGAGCCUGAACCAGCACCUGAACCAGCGCCUGAACCAAUGCCUGAACCAAUGCCUGAACCAGCGCCUGCACCAGAAUCACCACCAUCUGGGCAGGGUUCAGAGACAACACCUGAACCAGCGCCUGAACCAGCGCCUGAACCAAUGCCUGAACCAAUGCCUGAACCAGCGCCUGAACCAAUGCCUGAGCCAGUGCCUGAACCAGAGCCUGAACCAGCACCUGCACCAGAAUCACCACCAUCUGGGCAGGGUUCAGAGACAAUACCUGAACCAGCGCCUGAACCAAUGCCUGAGCCAGUGCCUGAACCAGCACCUGAACCAGUGCCUGAACCAAUGCCUGAACCGAUGCCUGAACCAGCGCCUGAACCAAUGCCUGAGCCAGUGCCUGAGCCAGUGCCUGAACCAGCACCUGAACCAGAGCCUGAACCAGCGCCUGCACCAGAAUCACCACCAUCUGGGCAGGGUUCAGAGACAACACCUGAACCAGCGCCUGAACCAGCGCCUGAACCAAUGCCUGAACCAGCGCCUGAACCAAUGCCUGAGCCAGUGCCUGAGCCAGUGCCUGAGCCAGCACCUGAACCAGCACCUGAACCAGCGCCUGAACCAAUGCCUGAACCAGCGCCUGCACCAGAAUCACCACCAUCUGGGCAGGGUUCAGAGACAAUACCUGAACCAGCACCUGAACCAGCGCCUGAACCAAUGCCUGAGCCAGCGCCUGAACCAGCGUCUGAACCAGAAUCACCACCAUCUGGGCAGGGUUCAGAGACAAUACCUGAACCAGCACCUGAGCCAGCACCUGAACCAGCGCCUGAACCAAUGCCUGAACCAAUGCCUGAACCAGCGCCUGAACCAAUGCCUGAGCCAGUGCCUGAGCCAGUGCCUGAGCCAGUGCCUGAACCAGCGCCUGAACCAAUGCCUGAACCAAUGCCUGAACCGAUGCCUGAACCAGCGCCUGAACCAAUGCCUGAGCCAGUGCCUGAGCCAGUGCCUGAACCAGCACCUGAACCAGAGCCUGAACCAGCGCCUGCACCAGAAUCACCACCAUCUGGGCAGGGUUCAGAGACAACACCUGAACCAGCGCCUGAACCAGCGCCUGAACCAAUGCCUGAACCAAUGCCUGAACCAGCGCCUGAACCAAUGCCUGAGCCAGUGCCUGAGCCAGUGCCUGAACCAGCACCUGAACCAGCACCUGAACCAGCGCCUGAACCAAUGCCUGAGCCAGUGCCUGAACCAGAGCCUGAACCAGCACCUGAACCAGCGCCUGAACCAAUGCCUGAACCAAUGCCUGAACCAGCGCCUGAACCAGAAUCACCACCAUCUGGGCAGGGUUCAGAGACAACACCUGAACCAGCGCCUGAACCAGCGCCUGAACCAAUGCCUGAACCAAUGCCUGAACCAGCGCCUGAACCAAUGCCUGAACCAAUGCCUGAGCCAGUGCCUGAGCCAGUGCCUGAGCCAGUGCCUGAACCAGCACCUGAACCAGCACCUGAACCAAUGCCUGAGCCAGUGCCUGAGCCAGUGCCUGAACCAGCACCUGAACCAGAGCCUGAACCAGCGCCUGCACCUGAAUCACCAACAUCUGGGCAAGAUUCAGAACUCUCCUCCGAAACAGUGCCUGUAACAGAAUUAACAUUUGGGCAAGAUUCAAAGGACAGACAAAGCAGACAAGGAUCACAACUGAUUAAUGCACCAGUCACUAUGCCUGCAGCAGCACCUGAGUCACAUCCAGCUGUGCUCCUUAAUAUCCCUCUUACAAUAGAUCACAAGCUACAACCACAGUGGAGAAGGCGUAAUUGUCAUAGAGGGUAAACAGAGUAUGAAAUGUAUCACUGAAGUAAUUAAAUUAUGUUCUAGUGAAAGAAGAAAACAGUGAAAUGGAGUUUUGUCCUGAAAACAUAAAUAAAUUCUAAGAACAAUUUCUUUAAUAUUCACAUGCAUUUCCUGAAAGAAAGUGCAUUUCUUGGGCAUGGGUCUUUGCAAAACCAAACAAUGGAGUUAAACAAGAAAUGUAGUGACAAAAAAUAUAUUUCCUAAAGAUGGCAAAGUGAUAAAAACAACCAUGUUUUUUCAAACAAUGCAUCAAAACACACAUUUACACGUGCAACCAUUUAUCUGUAAUA